AUGGCGGGAAACCUACCUGACUCUGGUUGGUUGGCUUAUGCUAUCCAUGACAGCUCUGAUUUGAUCUUGACCAAAGCCUCAAGAAACAUUUUCACAUCUGUUGCCCAACACCCAGACGCCCUCCGCGACACUCUCCUCGUGGCUGGUCUACACUAUGCAUGGACUGUCGGUGAUCUUCAGACAUACAAAGCCACAUUUCUCUUUCACAAAGUGUCAACAAUAGGCAUCUUGAACAGAUGGUUGCAGAAUAUUAAUCAGCCGGGAUUGAUGACUUUUAUCCGGCAUGUCUCCAUCCUUUGUUUCAUCGAGGCCUCGUACGGAAACGUUGGUGAUACUGCAGCUCACAUCAACGGAUUAACCAACGCAGUCAAUCUACUCAGUCCCCUCGACGAUGACUUUGGCAACAGAAAAGGACUUGAUGAAGAACUUGCCAAUAGAUAUCUCCUGCUUACGCAUUACGCCUACCAAGGCUUCAAGGCUCGAAUACUGGGCAGUGAUUCCCUGAAGACUAUGUUCCAGAACAACACCGCUGAGUUUUCAACGUUUGUAUCGCUCAUUCAUCGAUGGAAAACACAAAAUGUCGGGCAUCUUGAGAUGCGACUCAACGCUAUGAAACUGUUGCCCUUCUUUUUCGCGAUCCUUCCUUCGUCGACUCAAUUUCACAACAUCGAUGCAUCACCGUUGAUGGAGCAUCUGCAACACGUAACCACGUCGACACAAACAGCUAGCGAAGACCGUUACAAGUGUGAUCCGAGCUGGGAGUGGAUUGAGGGUUCAGAGUCGCGGUUGUUGUGUGCCACUAUCAGUUCACACUUUUCAUCUCUCUUUGAGGAUGACAUGUCCUCGUCUUCAGCUUCUAUGAAGUACAGCAUCUCGUGGUCUGAGCUUUGGGAGGACGGCGAAGCCAUGGAAUCUGGUUUGCUACGUAGGUUUCUCUACAUCAUGAAGAGAGAUCUCGAAGAUACCCUAGGUAAUCUCGGAUCAGACGAUGCUUCCAACUUUUGGUUCUGGAGAGCCUUUCUUGGCUUGUACAGCAUCACGAAAUACCAAUCCCAGUCAUACGAGCCAAAAUUGGAUGAUCUGGCUGAUGAAUAUCGUGGCUUUGUGGAGACAUGGAAGAAUAUCACGGGAUUAACACGUUGGGAGGAUGUUCAUCAACGAUUGAUCUCGGUAGCAUGGCCUGAUCGUCAGGGUCAUAAACUGGAGCCGAGUGUGUGGGGAAGAGCAAUUCAGUGUGAAUCAUCCAACCCAUGGAUUUAUGCGGAGUAA